AUGUGUGAAAAUUUAAGCCCGGAUCGCAUAAGAUGCGAGGCAUGCCGAACCAUUAACCUAGCAAAACAUAUAAACCAUCCGAAACCAGACAUGCAAAUUUAUGAUAAAUGCAGUCCAAUACAGAAAAUAGAAUGUUCUCGUGUUACGGAACUGCCUUUACAUCCAACAUGUAUUAAAGUUUGCACCAAGGAAGAAUACAACUUAAGAAAAAGUGGCAAGAAGCCAGUAUUGCCAAAAAUGCCGUAUGCACAUGGCAAACUAAUGUACGCUGUCAAAGCUGGUAUCCUGGUAGGUGCUGUUUACUUUACGCAUACACAAGGAAUAUGGGGCGACCAACAAGACGUAACAGAAUGCAUUCGACGUUGGCAGGAAUACAUACGCAGCAUCAACACUAGGCGUCCGCCCACUUUUGAUCAGUGCGGUAACGUCAUAAGAAAAGAAUGUUCUGAGAGUCUACUGGCACCAUUGUACGCCAUGUACAAAAGUUUCGUUACGACAUGUUUUUCAGGUGUCGUUAAAGUACCUUUGAUAAUCAAAUGUGCAUACAUCGAUUAUCUUAAAGCUCUCGAAAGAAGGCAGGCUGAACUGGAUAAAGAACGAAAAAUUAAGAAAAAAUCGGGUUGA